GACUGCAAACACUGAUGUGUAUAUGAACAGUGGCUGUAGAAAGGAGGGGUUGGUUCCUAUACAUACCAUAGCACAACGGCUUGGCCUCUGGUUUUGUAAAAGUUUGCCAGCCAUUGAUGCUCUCAUUGGGGUGUGAUUCCACAUCUGCGAUACAUGGUUAUGGCAAGAAGACAGAUUAUUCUAAACUCAGACGCCAUGAAAAGGCAUUUUAUAACUUGGCAUCUUCAAGACUUAAGAGAGACAAUGACAUGUUUUUGCCUAUCUGUCAUCAAUUCAUCCUUCUGUUCCAUGGUGUUAAAGCAUCAAAUCAAAACUCCUUGGCAAAAAUGUCACUAAAUGAGAUUAGGUUCAAACAAGCUUCUACCACUGACAAGCAUCUUCCCUACCAACAACAGAAAAUGCCUUUCAUCAGAAUGUCUUAUGUUGUCAAAUACAAAUUCAAACAACAACUGAACACCGUUGGUAAUGGAUGUUUGUUCCCAAAUAUGAUAGCUAGUGAGCAGCCCCAGUAGAACUAACGAAUGUGAC